ACAAUAAGCCUGUAAUCUGUGGAGGGUCAGUCAUGAGUGGGAUAGUGUUUCACCAGCAGCAGUUGGUGUUUCUUUCCCAUCAUUUCAAUGAUGCGAAAUGUUGUUCAGUUCCAAGAAUUAAGGGGCAAAGAGUGAGCUUUCCUAAUUUGCAACAUGGAUAUGCUGCUUCUUGUGCAAAAUUUGUCAAGUUAUCUCCACAUGCUACAGUCAGUGGCUCUGGUGGUGCCCAAUAUUCUGAGCAGUGGCUGGAUGCUAGAACAAAGCAGAAAAGAGAGAAAAUUGCUGGUAUAGAUCAAGAUGAAUUAUUAGACCCUUCACUUUUAGCUGAUCCAGAUAGUUGUUUUUGUGAGUUUAGAGGGGUACAGAUACACCAUAAGGUAUAUGAUGCAGAAUCACAGGCAAAUAAUUCAUCUCAAAGCCACACUCUUUCUCAAGUUGCUCGUAAUAAUUCUUGGAAGCUUGGUCUUCCUAUGAUCUUGUUACAUGGUUUUGGAGCUUCUGUUUACUCAUGGAGUCGAGCUAUGAAGCCUUUGGCUGAGCUCACUGGCUCCAAAGUUCUUGCCUAUGACAGACCAGCUUUUGGAUUGACAUCCAGGGUGGAUGUUCCCACGCAUUUAUCAACUGGUACCAACGAUGCAAAACCAUUGAAUCCAUACUCCUUGUCAUUUUCAGUGCUUGCUACCUUGUACUUCAUUGAUUUCCUGGCAGCUGAGAAGAUAGUUCUUGUGGGGCACUCAGCUGGUUCUCUUGUAGCAAUUGAUUCAUAUUUCGAGGCUCCUGAAUGCAUUGCAGCUCUGAUUCUCAUUGCCCCAGCAAUACUUGCUCCACGUGCAGUUCAAAAGCUUGCGGGACAAGAUAAAGUUGGAAGAGAAAACCAGACUGAAGGGGACAUAUCAAAUUCAAAUAUGUUAGCAAAGCCAUUUAUCAAGAUUUUUGAGAUUUUAUUGAAGUUUAUUACAGGCAUUACUCAAGCAAUAGUGCAGAUGGCAAAGGGGAUGACAGAUAUGCUUAGCUCAAUAUAUAAGAAAGCAUUGUCAGCUAUUUUGCGCUCUGCCUUUGGUGUAAUGCUGAUAAGGAUGAUAAUCGAUAAGUUUGGUAGAGCAGCAGUGAGGAUUGCUUGGCAUGAUCCAAAUCAAGUGACUGAACAUGUUCUAAAUGGCUAUACAAAGCCUUUAAGGGCCAAGGGUUGGGACAAGGCUCUUGCAGAGUUCACUGCAGCAACACUCACAAAUGCCGAGUCUGAAUCAAAGCCAUCAAUGUCAAAAAGACUUAAUGAAAUCUCAUGUCCUGUUUUGAUCAUCACGGGUGACAAUGAUAAAAUUGUUCCAUCUUGGAAUGCCAAGGGACUUUCACAAGCUAUACCUGGUUCUUGUCUGGAAGUAAUUAAGAACUGUGGCCAUUUGCCACACGAAGAAAAAGUUGAAGAAUUUGUUUCAAUUGUUUAUAAGUUUCUGCACGGAGCUUUUGGUGAUCAGAAGGAACUAUCUUUGCAAGCAGGAGCAGUAGUUUAAAUUAUGACCCCCGACUUGCAUCCUUCUCUUAACUUGUAUGUAUUUGAAAGCUGUUAGUAGAACAGAUGAGAACACCUUGUGAAUUGUGUAAAAGUAGCUUUCUGAUAUGGUCUGAACUAUGAUUUUCUGUUGAUUUGAUGAAAUAGUAUUACACUUGAAAAAAGUAUUCAAUUGCUCAA